GGGGGGAGCCGGGUGGCGCGCAGGAGAGAAGGAGGGAGCCGGCGUGGGGGCCGCCGUGAGCUUGGAGCGCCGCGCUUGACCGGCCGCCUGUGGGCGAUCCAUCCCUCCCUGGGAAUGUCCCUCCUGGCCGCGCCGGCAGCCAGGGGCGGCAUGUAGCGCGGGGGGAACGGGCUCCGCGGGGGGCGGGAGAAGCCCCUUCCCUCCGCCCGCGCUCGCACGCCGCACACACACGCACACACACACACCGCAGCGAGGCGCACGGCCGGCCCUCCCUCCUCCCCCGCCCGCUGAGUGCAUGCCCGCCGCGCCCGGCGCAGGGACGGCGCGCCGCUGAAGCAGCCCCGCCACCGGGCACCCCCGGGCAGCGCCGCCGCCAUGGCCGAGGAGAGCUCCGACGUCCCCAAAGAGUUGAUCGAAAGUGUCAGGGAUGUUAUUGGGAGGAAAAUCAAAAUUUCUGUCAAGAAGAAAGUAAAGCUGGAAACCAAGGGAGAUAAAGUGGAUAACAAAAUAUUGGUGUUGGCAUCAUGUCGGGCUUUUCUUUUAACAUCUCGGAUUCCCACCAAGUUAGAACUAACUUUCAGCUACUUGGAAAUCCAGGGAGUAACUUCCAGUAAACCAGGUCAGUUGAUUAUGGAAACUGAGAAAUGCAGCAUCUCCAUGAAGAUGGCGUCUUCAGAGGAUGUGAACGAGGUGCUGGCACACAUUGGGACCUGCCUCAGGAAGAUAUUCCCUGGACUCUCACCAGUGAGGAUUAUGAAAAAAGUAACUCUGGAGCCUUCAGAAAGACUGGCUAAUCUCCAGGCCCUGUGGGACAGUCAGACAGUGACAGAACUCGGACCUUGUGGAGGCUUUUCGCAGAUGUAUGCUUGUGUUUGUGAUUGGCUUGGAUUUCCUUAUAGAGAAGAAGUACAGUGGGAUGUCGAUACAAUUUACCUGACACAAGAUACCAGAGAGUUGAAUUUGCAAGACUUCAGUCACCUUGACCACAGAGACUUAAUACCUAUAGUUGCUGCUCUGGAGUAUAAUCAGUGGUUUACAAAGCUGUCCUCCAAGGAUCUGAAAUUAUCCACUGAUGUCUGUGAGCAGAUACUGCGAGUGGUGAGUAGGUCCAAUCGAUUGGAAGAACUGGUAUUAGAGAAUGCCGGGCUUAGAACAGAUUUUGCACAGAAACUAGCCAGUGCCCUAGCCCAUAAUCCCAACUCAGGACUCCACACGAUCAACCUUGCUAGCAAUCCACUUGAAGAUAGAGGUGUGUCAUCUUUGAGCAUCCAGUUCGCCAAACUUCCAAAGGGACUGAAGCAUUUAAAUUUAUCUAAAACCUCCUUGUCACCUAAAGGGGUGAAUAGCCUUUCCCAGUCACUGAGUGCCAACUCGCUGAUCGCGAACACACUCGUCUAUCUCGACCUCUCAGGGAACGCGCUCCGUGGUGAUGAUCUCUCAAGCCUGUACAAUUUUUUGGCCCAGCCAAAUGCCCUUGUUCACCUGGAUUUAUCCAACACGGAGUGCGCGCUAGAUAUGGUGUGUGGAGCCCUCCUUCGUGGAUGUCUUCAGCAUCUAGCUGUCCUUAGCCUCUCUAGGACUCUGUUUUCUCACAGAAAAGGAAAAGAAGUCCCUCCUUCCUUCAAACAGUUUUUCAGCAGCUCACUUGCUUUGAUGCAGAUUAAUCUUUCAGGAACUAAACUCCCUCCUGAGCCUCUAAAAGCACUUUUGUUAGGCCUGGCUUGCAAUCACAAUCUGAAGGAGGUGUCUUUAGACCUCAGUAGCUGUGAGUUAAGAUCUGGAGGUGCACAAGUCUUGGAAGGAUGCAUAGCAGAAAUACACAAUAUCACCAGCCUAGAUAUUUCAGACAAUGGCCUAGAAUCUGACCUCUCAACCCUUGUAGUCUGGCUUAGUAAAAACCGAUCGAUAAGACAUUUGGCAUUAGGCAAAAACUUUAACAACAUGAAAUCCAAAAAUCUCACUCCAGUACUUGAUAAUUUAGUUCAGAUGAUUCAAGACGAGGAUUCACCUCUACAGUCAUUGUCCCUCGCAGAUUCCAAGCUGAAGACUGAGGUCACCAUCAUUAUUAAUGCCUUGGGCAGCAAUACUUCUCUUACAAAAGUGGAUAUUAGUGGAAAUGCCAUGGGAGAUAUGGGAGCAAAGAUGUUGGCAAAAGCCCUACAGAUAAACACCAAGCUCAGAACUGUAAUAUGGGACAAGAAUAACAUCACUGCGCAGGGCUUCCAGGACAUAGCUGUGGCACUGGAAAAGAAUUAUACAUUGAGAUUCAUGCCUAUACCGAUGAAUGAUGCCUCCCAAGCACUCAAAACAAACCCUGAGAAAACAGAAGAGGCACUUGCAAAAGGCUUUCUUUACACAACACAAGGACGUUCUCUCCCAAAAAAAAAACUACUUCUUCGUAAUCAUGAGACCAGGAAGUACCUACAGGAACAAGCGUAUCGGCUGCAGCAAGGCAUUGUCACCAGUACCACUCAGCAGAUGAUUGACAGGAUAUGUGUAAAAGUGCAAGAUCAUCUCAACUCUUUAAGAAACUGUGGCGUGGAUGCUGUACAGGAAGAUGUCAAAUCGGCAGAACGGCUUAUGCGGGAUGCUAAGAACUCCAAAACACUCUUACCAAAUCUGUAUCACCUUGGUGGAGCUUCUUGGGCAGGAGCAAAUGGUUCACUCUCCAAUCCAAUCCAAGAGACACUUGAAUCCAUGGCUGGAGAAGUCACAAGGGUAGUGGAUGAGCAACUUAAGACGCUCCUUGAGUCUAUGGUGGAUGCAGCGGAAAACCUUUGCCCAAAUGUAAUGAAGAAAGCUCACAUCCGUGAAGACCUGAUUGAGGCUAGCACUGAGAAGAUUUCCAUCCCACGCACUUUUGUGAAAAAUGUCCUCUUAGAGCAAUCUGGAAUUGAUAUCCUCAAUAAAAUUAGUGAAGUAAAGCUGACAGUGGCUUCUUUCCUGUCUGACCGAGUUGUAGAUGAAAUUCUGGAUGCACUUUCCCAUUGCCAUCACAAACUGGCUGACCAUUUGACCAGACGUGGCAAACCACUUCCACAACAAGAGUCACUGGAGAUUGAGUUAGCUGAAGAAAAACCAACUAAACGCUCUAUCAUUACAGUUGAGGAGUUGACAGAGAUAGAACGUUUGGAGGAUCUGGACACUUGUAUGAUGACUCCUAAAUCAAAAAGAAAAAGCAUCCACAGUAGAAUGCUCCGGCCGGUGUCCAGAGCUUUUGAAAUGGAAUUUGAUCUAGAUAAAGCACUGGAAGAAGUACCUAUCCAUAUAGAAGACCCACCAUUUCCUUCCAGCAGGCCAGACAAACGAACUUCUGGAUUCAUUUCAGAGCUGCCAUCUGAAGAAGGGAGGAAACUGGAACACUUUACAAAAUUAAGGCCCAAAAGGAAUAAAAAGCAGCAGCCCAGCCAAGCAGCAGUUCCUGCUGGACUACCUCCAGAAGGGGAUCAGAAUGGCCUCAUGGGGAGAGUGGAUGAAGGCGUGGAUGAAUUUUUCACUAAGAAAGUGACAAAAAUGGAUUCAAAGAGACCGUCAACUAAAACUUCCGACAGCAGUGAGCCCAGUGAAGCAGGUGAUGAGAAGAAGAAAAGGGACUCAAGAAAGAGUGGCUUCCUUAACUUAAUCAAAUCAAGAGGCUCCAAAUCUGAACGUCCCCCGACUGUGACAGUGGCAGAGGAGCCCUCCUCGCCCAAGGUUGCUACAAGAAGUCCAGCUUUAGACACAAGCAAGAAGGAGGUAAAGCCUGCAGAGCAGAACGGUGGUACAGAGCGAUCUGAGGAAUUAAAGACACCAGACUCACUGGAGGAGGUGCAACCAGAUGAUGUGGCAAAAGCUGAGAGGGGUGACAGCAAAGGAAGCCCCCAGGGCGGCCGGAGGUAUGGUGUGCAAGUGAUGGGCAGUGGACUUCUCGCAGAAAUGAAAGCCAAGCAGGAGAAGAGAGCAGCCUCUGCUCAGAAGAAACUUGGGAAUGACACGACUCCCAGAGAGUCUUUUGACACAACAGUGAGCUCAGAACGACUGGAUGGAAGUGGUGCAGUGCCUAAACAGCAGCAGACCCUUCCAGAGAGUCGGUUUGCAUCGAAUAAAGGUGACUCCCUUUCAACAUCAUCAGAAAAAAACUCAAAAGCUGAACCAAAGGCAGAAGCUGGCGCAAAGGCAAGAAGUUCUUCCAACACACCUACCAGCCCAAAACCCCCACUGCAGUCAACAAAGCCCAGCCUGGCAGGACGACCCACAGUGCCACAGAAACCGCGCUCUGCCUCUCGUACUGAGGAAGCUCCAGAGUCUCCCUCUGGCCCCAGUUCCCCAAAAGUUGCCCUGCUUCCACCUGUGCUGAAGAAAGUUCCUUCUGAUAAAGAAAAGGAUGGUCAGAGCACCCCUUCAGUCAGAUCAUUUUCUCAAGAAGCUGCGAAAAGAAGCCCCGGGCAGCAGUCUCACGAGUUCCAGGAACUGAAGCAGAGGUCCUUAAGUAAAGACGGUCAUCAGGGAAGCAAGUCCAGUGACUCCGGCGAAGAAGCAGAUAAAGAUUUUAUUUUCGUUUAGCAAUCAGUACAAGUGCUUCGUAGUGCAAGAGCUUUUUAUAACAAUCGGGGUUCAGCAAUCAACAGCCCCUCUAGCCAGCUGCUCUUUCACCACAGGUACAUUUCCAUGCAGAAAACCUGAUCUUCCAAUCAUUAUUUACAGUACACUUGGCAUCGAUUCGGUCCUUAAUUUCUGUUCUGUACAAUGUAGACAUUCCUUUCCAUGCCUUUGCCUAAAGCCAGCCAUUCUUUCAUGUGUUCUACUUGAAUUUCUCUGAAGCAGCUACAAAGAGUGCCCUGCAUUAGGGCAUUUAGAAAGCAAAGCAAAUUAACUGGAGACUAUCUUACACUAAAACACUGUACAGCAGGUAAUGUGUUGUACUGCUGAAUGUAAAUGUGUCAGAUCUGCACGUGACUUACCUAUAAAUAUAUUCUUGCGGUAUGCAAUUGCACAUUGUAAUUAUAUUAAAAGAGCACACUAAUAAAAUAAUUUGUAUAGAUUAUAUAUAUUAAAUGCUUGGGUAUGGUUUUUACAUUCUCCCAUAGGGAGCUUCUUUCUUCCUGUUCUCCUACUGUACAUAAAGCUCCAACACUUACAUUUGUGUACCGUCAGAAAGCACAACAGAGAAGGAUUUGGAUGACGUAUAAUCAUGGUAUGCUUCCACAUUCGUAUAUUAAUGUAUAUAUUGAUUGGAAUGAGGGCAAUUGAAAUUUUAUUAAUAUUGGUGUUUUCUAGAGGCCUUCCUCAGUUUUGUCUGCAUAUUAGCUUCCUUUCAAUGUGUAAUUCUAUGAGAAACAUAGCUCGACACCUGUAAAAACAUUUCAGCUUUUGAGGGAGGGGAUGCAAAUUUCACAGCUACCCACUUACAUUACAAGUUGAAGGGAUUUUAUUCAUAUGUAUAUUUGUAACAAUAAAAAAUGAUUUUACAACUGAAA